CUGCCGUAAAGCAACUCGCGCAGGAGAGCGUCGCUGCCGUCCUUGGGAGGUGAGCGGACAUGAGCGGGAACGGUGGGAGCAAGGCCCUGGAGCUGCUGCGGUCGCUGCCCAGGGUCUGUCUGGCCAACCUAAGGCCCAGCCCAGGCUCCAAAAAGCGGGAGAGAAGACGUGGCCGUGGAAGAUAUGGGGGUAGGAAGUGUGGUCGAGGUCACAAAGGAGAAAGACAAAGAGGAAAUCGCCCCCGAUUAGGCUUUGAGGGUGGUCAAACUCCAUUUUACUUGGCCAUACCAAAAUACGGGUUUAAUGAGGGACAUAGCCUCAGACGUCAGUAUCAACCGCUCAGUCUUCAGAGGCUGCAGUACCUGAUUGAUUUGGGUAGAGUUGACCCCACGCAACCAAUUGACUUAACACAGCUCACUAACGCCAGAGGUGUAACAGUGCAACCUCUCAAAAGGGAUUAUGGUGUCCAGCUGGUGGAGGAGGGUGCUGAUAUCUUUUCAGCAAAAGUAAAUAUUGAAGUGCAGAGGGCAUCUGAAUUAGCAAUUGCUACCAUAGAAAAAAAUGGAGGUGUUGUAACAACAUCGUUCUAUGAUCCAAGGAGUUUGGAAAUUUUAUGUAAGCCAGUAGUAUUUUUUCUGCGUGGCCAGCCUAUUCCAAAGCGAAUGCUUCCACCGGAAGAUCUAGUCCGUUACUACACAGAUGCCAGGAAUCGUGGGUACCUGGCAGAUCCAUCUAAGGUUGCAGAAGCCAGGCUUGAACUUGCCAAGAAAUAUGGUUAUGUCUUACCAGACAUAACUAAGGAUGAACUCUUCAAAAUGUUAAGCGCACGCAAGGAUCCUAGACAGAUUUUUUUUGGUCUUGCUCCAGGAUGGAUCGUAAACAUGGCAGACAAGAAAAUUCUAAAACCAACUGAUGAGAGGCUGUUAAAAUACUAUAGCUCGUGAAUUCAGGACUGGAGACAACUGCAGGUGUACAGGAAACAUCUGGAGAGUAACAAGAAGCGGAUGAAUUUUUUUGCUGGUGUUUGUCAACCAGCCCAGAUUCUUGCUUCACUCAACAAACUGCCUUGUCAAUUAAUAUGAGCAUCUGUAAUCGCAAGACAAAAUAAAACAAGUCUUUUAUUCUCAUGCUGAUUAAAUAAUCUGAAAUCCAGAGAUUAACAGUGGAAAGUCACUAAUUUUUGACAACUUGCUCUUCAGCUUCUGUUGUCCGUUGUUCAUUUGUGUUGGAUGCUGUCAGUAAUGGUCGUUCUCCUGAUUCGUGGUUUAAGUAUAGGUGAAACAUAGCAAAACAACACCAAUAUAAAAUUGGAUUGUGAAUAGCAGGAAUUUGUUCUUAGUGGCGUUAACAUUCAUAUUUUAUAAGGUGCACAACACUUUUUUGGCACAUUAAGAAUAAUACCGUGUGCCAAAAAAAGUAUAGCUAGUGUUAACUUGAAUGUGAAGUAAAUAACUUUCUCGCUUUAGAUGUAUCCUGUUCUGCAUCCUGAUGAUUGUUGGUUUGGAAACUUAAAUGACAAGCAAUACUUUUUUUUUUUUUUUUUCUUUUUGUUAUUACAAUACUACUGCCUCCAUUUGGGAAGGAGUUGGAGGCAGGGAAGAGUAUUUAUUGCCUUCCCUUAUUUGUGCCAUAAUGUUUCUGUUUUUAUGAAUCAAUUCACAAUUGUAUUUUGUGGAGGUGGUGGUACUCAACAGGAAAGCUACUUAACUGGAAGCGAAGAAGGAAGUUAGUCAUAUUAGUGAAGACCAGAAGACAAAAGUGUUUAUGUAUCAUUGUGUAUUUUGGGGAGGAGAAGAGGGGGGGGAAGGCAACUUUGUUUCCACUCCUGCUUUUUGUAUUAAAAUGAACAAAUUGCUCUCAGCAAUUUUUUUCCUAAAUCAAUUUCUUUGAUAUACAUGCGCGUGCACGCGCUGGUUUCUGUAGGCUUCUAAAUGGUUUUCAGGUGAAAGGGUAACUUGGAUAAAAUGAUAACAGUGAAAGAAAGAAUGAAAACAGGAAACAGAUGUCUGGUGACGUCGAGGGAUUGGAUAGCACUUAUUCAGUGAACGACGUCUUAGUCACAAGGCAGCUGUAUCCUGGCUCUGAUACUAUAACGCUACAAAUACCUUGGAGCCAAAACAGCCACGUUCCACAAAAUCCGGUCAUUCUACUUUAUAAAGGUGAUCUUUUAUCAUCUUAUAAUUGGAGAGGGCAAAAAGGGCUGUAUGUUGCUUUAUUUAAAAUAUGCAAUGCUUGUCUUUUUUUCUCUCUUCUGUUUACAGUAGCUAGUAUUUUGUAAUGGUUGUUCUGAUUUUUAUUUACUAGUGAAAAAAGUGACAAGGCUAUAGAGGAUUUCCUGUUCAUUUUAUCUCGUCAGGAACACAAGUCUCCUGGCAACCAAAUACAGAAUUAUCAAAAGCACAAGUAAGUUAUCGACAAGGUUUCUAAUAAAUCCGUAACAAACAGCCUCCCAACGGACUGUUGUUUACAUGAGGGUCAGGCUCACCGAUGCAGGACUGUAAGCCAGCACUGGCAUCUGAGGCCAUUCCCUUUACUUGGGAAUAUGUACCGUGCUUUCAUGUUCAUAAGAUAAAUGAUUGCCUUGGAUAUCCUGUUUUGAUAGGGGUUUUUCAUAUGCAACAAUGUAGUACACAGCAAGAAGCACCCGAUCCGCUGUAACCGGAAAAGCACUAUCAUCAAGUGGCUGAGGAAAAGAAACGUUAUUUGUGCCAUAAAAUACUGAAAGCCAUGUCAAUUUUUAUCAACAACAUCAUAUUUUGAAUGGUUGCUUGAUAAAACUGGUUACAUAUGUGAGACUGAAAUCAAAAUAAAGGCCUCUGAACGA